AUGCCCGACAAGCUAAGAGACGAUAUGGGACCCCAUCCCGUGUACUGUGGAGACAUUGUAAAGGUCAUACAAGAGCUUCAUCGUGAUCUGUCACGGAAGUGGAAGCUGUACGAGAAAGAAAUCAGGGAGACUUGGCGACAAUGCGACAAGCUCGAGCGAGAAGAAGUCCUGAUCGGGAAAAAGGCUGGAGGAUUGGUUCUUGAUAGUUACGAUGACGAGUCGAGGGGUGAGAUAGGCUUCUUGAUCCCUGAAUGGAAUCUUCAAGACCUUGCAGAGCCGGAUUCUGAUCUGCUUCUUGAUCUGAUCGAACAUCGAGCAACAAAUUGGCUGAGUGACCAAUAUUUAAUGGGACCAAAUGGUGAGCUGGGAGAUGAAAAGCACAUCCUCGAGACCAUUGAUUGUGGCGACACGCCGUACGAGGAACUGGAAAAUGAAAAUUUUAGAUGCUUUGCCUCUGAGUAUCACUAUGGAGAGCAAGUCCAUAUCCCCGAGCACCAGCGCCAUGGGCCAAAUGGCAAGGAUCUACCAAGAUGCACUCAGCCGGAAAUCAUUGGCAACUUUAUAUUGGCUCGCCAGAUGCACUUUCUUCAGAUGAUGAAUCUGGCCAUUUGGGAGAUCCUCGCCUUGCACUGGAAACAUGAGAAGGCAGGGGUCUACCGAGAAAAGCCACAGGGACCAGGUACAUUGACCUUGAUAUGUUUGUGCAUCAGAGAAAAGAAUCCAAAAUUUAGUUUGUCGAAAUUGCGGGAUAUGGCCUCUGACAACAAGAAAUCCCUGGAUGACUGGGCCUGGCUUUGUCGGACAGACCCUGAGUACCUCAUCGACAUGAUUUACAUCUGGUUCUUGACCCAACCCGGGCUCAUUGCUGACGCAGAUGAUCUCCUACUUCCCACGAUGCAUGACAGAAAUGUCUCCAGCUGUCUGUUUGAAAUGUUGCAUACAUUCGUACUCAAUGCUGCCGUGUGGGACUAUAUCGCGCGUCUCCUCGGCGCACUUGUUGACGCCAAGGACAACGAUCGAUUCUGCCGUACCGCCAUCCUACAAGAGUUAGUCAACGUGAUUCACUUCGAGUACGAGCGAUCGCAAGACUUGCUUAAACGUUACACGCAACGCAGUGUGGGCCACGGGCAUUUGAAGCGAGUGGAUGAUCCCAACAACGCCAAAUCCCGUGUUGUGUUGACAACCAAGCCGGCUAAGCUCACAAGGUCAAACCCAAUCGCUCACUACAUUCUGCGUCUGUACCAAUCUGAGACCAAAGUUGCCGAUGCAGGUCACUGGCUGCAGAAGAUAUUCAGUCUUUAUCGUUUGAAGAAUGAAAGGGCCAAGGUGGACGAUGUCGCGGGACGCGAAGUUUUGCACGAGCUCGCGGUAGUUGUCGGCCUUUUCAGACACCUAAAAUCUUUGAUGCAGCUGCCUCCCUGCAACCCCAGAAAGUGUCAGACAUACAUCAAUCGCAUCAAAGCGAUGAACCCCGAGAUCGAAUCCAUCAAAGAGAGCCUCGAUCUGUCGGAACUGGCGGUUCCGCCGGACCGCCUUCGAUGCCCCGGGAUCGCCUUCAAAGCUCUUAACAAGGUUGACGAGGUGAUUGAAAGCUACACCGGCACCCAUCUUGCAAAGCUCUACGAAGAAGUUAACGAAAGUUGUUUCCUGGAGAUACGCCAAAAAUGCGACCGGAAGAAGGCCCAAGCGCAGAGAGAAAGAGACUCUAUAAAGGGCAGAUUUCCCAUCACUGAAACUCCCGUCGAACAAUUGCGUAAUAAGGAACGCAAGCAGAAGCCCAAGACACGCCCAGCAGAGCCUCCAGUACAGAUUUCCCCAAAACAUACCUACAUACGUGGACCGCAGACGGUUCCUUCUCAGAUUCCCGACAAAGUCGAUCCCUUCAGAGUUAAGCCUGAAUCAUAUGAGGUUUUUACAACAUUGCUUUCAAGGAAUGAGCUUCGCGGAUCGCUUUCUUGGACGGCCUUUACGGCGGCAAUGACUGACGUGGGAUUUUCUGUGGAUCACAAGUAUGGAUCCAUUGUCACUUUCGAACCUCCAAUCUUUCGCGGCCAUCUGAAAUCAUUUACAUUCCAUCGACCGCACGAAUCUCACAUUGAGGGAUUCCGUCUGCUUUGGUUGGCACGUCGCCUGAAACGAGUCUAUGACUGGAGUAUUGAUAGCUUUGAGUCUGUGUGA